GACGACAGGCUUGCGGCGGGAAUCUGUGCGGCGGUGCGGGUGUCCGUUUCCUGGCACUUCUGGGGGUGCGGCUCUCUGUGCCGUCCUGCAGCGUGGCCGGUUGUGUGGGAUUUCUGCGGCGCCUGGCAAAUGCAUUCCGUGCCCUCCUGCGAGUUUGGGGGUGCCUUCUUGUGGCAGGCGAUGGCACGGUGCCUCUCCAAAGCUCCGGGUGGUGGGUGUUCCCUGCCAUCUUCGUGAGCUGUGGGGAGAUGUGGGUCUGCCGGGUUCUCGGGGGUGUCUGUGUCCUUUCUGAGGCUUGUUUGUUUCUUGAGGAGCCCCUCGGCUGCCUGGGGACAUAUCGGGGGGAGGCGGAGAGGAGAGGCUUGUGGGGAGAACUGCACGCCGGCCAGCGAUCAGAAUGGGCGAAGGGAGUGGGCUGAGGGGUGCCACAGAGAGAGAAGGGGCAGGCUUGCUUCGUGUGCGCCAUACAGGCUCAGCUGGAAUAUUUGGGUGCCGGUGAACCAGAAUGUGGGGCCUGCCUGGUAUAGGCCUUGAUCGGGGCCGUGGGAUUGUGGGGUGAGGCUCAGCUGCUCUGUGGUGCGUCUGAGAUGAUCAGACUUCGCCGGCACAACUCUCUUCCGUAUGCAAGCGAGGGGUGGUCUUCUCAUUCUGCCAGGCUUUGCCAGCCUUGCCCCGUCCAACCCCCAACCCGCGUUUGCAGUUCCUUUCUUCUUUGUGGGAUCUUCCCCCCCCCAAUCAUCUCUUUGUAGGCUGGGGGGUCUUCUGGGAUGUCCCUGAUUCAUCUCGUCCAACCCCCAGGGGCCCCUUUGAGCUGGUUUGCUUGUCUGAGGCGCUUCUGUUCUGGUGGGCCUCGGGUGGCUUUUGCGUCGGUUGUGGUUGUGAGGGGAGGGUCCGCGUUCGCGGCAGGCUCUGUCUCAGCCUGUCAAGAAGAGGAUGCGCUGUGUCUGCAGGGGGUGGUGUGUGAGGAUCAGGUGCCUGGCCUGUUGGGGGAAUGUGAUCCUUGUAGCCCUGGCGGUGUGUGAUGUUCAAGGCGUGCACACUCUGCACAUGCAGAUCUGUACACAUGUGUAGUGACGCAUGGAUUCUGCUCCACGUGCCUGAGAAGUCCACUUCCUAGCCCUGCCCUGCAAUUCUACGUCCCGGUGCUUUUUAAAGUACAGCCAUGCACACAAAAAUACGCACCUGUGUACAGACACCUGUGUGUAACGACUGAAUAAAGUUUGUGGGGUGUCGGAGAGAGAUGGGGAGAGAGAAGGAGAAGCUUGUGAGAAGCAUAUCAGUCACAGCUGUUUGUGUGGCCGUUGGGAGUGUGUGAAUAAUAGGGACACACAGGAAGCUGCCUGCCUUCCACCGAGUCUGACCCUUGGUCCAUCUAGCUCAGUAUUGUCUGCACAGACUGGCGGCAGCUUCUCCAAGAUUGCAGGCAGGAGUCUGGAGAUACCAAGGAGGGAACCUGGGACCUUCUGCAUGCAAGCAUGAAGAGGCUCUUCCCAGAGGGGAAUCUCUUGCAGUGCUCACAUGCAGUCUCCCAGGUGGACCCUGCUUAGCAAAGGGGACAAUUCGUGCUUGCUGCCACAAGGCCAGCUGUGUGUGUGUGUGUGUGUUUGAGUGUGCUUUCAUGACUACACCUCAUGUGGACAGCGCUCUCGAGAGCCGGCAAGCUCAGACUGACAAAUGGGCCAGUCUCCACACAAGGGCAGCCCCGAUUUUGCUUUGCGUGGGGCAUCCAAGAAGACCAAAGGUAGCUUGGGUGAAUUGCUGCUUUGAAAGCCAUGUCACAGUGCAGGUGACAUAGUGCAUAGCGGUCGACCACAGAAAUCCGGAAGGAGAAAUCGCGGGAUGCAGCACGAUGCCGGCGCAGCAAGGAGACGGAGGUGUUCUACCAGCUGGCCCACACCCUGCCCUUCGCCAGGGGGGUCAGUGCCCACCUGGACAAGGCCUCCAUCAUGCGCCUGACGAUCAGCUACCUGAGGAUGCACAAGCUGCUGACCUCUGGAGAAUGGAGAGAUGAAGUGGAAGCCGAGGAGCAAGUGGAUUCCUAUUACCUGAAGGCCCUGGAUGGCUUUCUCAUGGUGCUGACUGAAGAAGGGGACAUGAUCUACCUCUCGGAGAAUGUCAACAAGCACCUGGGCCUCAGUCAGCUGGAGCUCAUUGGUCACAGCGUCUUUGACUUCAUUCAUCCCUGCGAUCAAGAAGAGCUUCAAGAUGUGCUGAGCCCCAGGCAGGGUUUCUCGAAGAAGAAGGAGGUGAAGACGGAGCGCAGCUUUUCCUUGCGCAUGAAAAGCACCCUCACCACCAGGGGGCGCACCGUCAACCUCAAGUCCGCCACCUGGAAAGUUCUGCACUGCGCUGGGCAUAUGAGGUCCUACGCGCCCGCCAAGCCGGCUGGCGGGAAGGAGGCCGAGGGCGGUUUCGUGGAGCCCCCGCUGCGUUGCCUGGUGCUGAUCUGCGAGGCAAUCCCCCACCCCGCCAACAUUGAGACGCCCCUGGACAGCGGCACCUUCCUCAGCCGACACACCAUGGACAUGAAGUUCACCUACUGUGACGACAGGAUUGCUGAGGUGGCUGGUUACACGCCUGAGGACCUGCUGGGCUGCUCCAUCUACGAAUACAUCCACGCCCUGGACUCGGAUUCUGUCAGCAAGAGUAUCAACACCCUGCUGAGCAAAGGGCAGGCAGUGACCGGUCAGUACCGCUUUCUGGCCAGGAACGGCGGCUACCUCUGGACACAGACCCAGGCCACUGUCAUCUCCAGCAGCAAGAACUCCCAGCCGGAGAGCAUCGUGUGUGUCCACUUCAUCCUGAGCCAGGUGGAGGAGAAGGGCUUGGUGCUGUCCCUGGAGCAGACGGAUCGGCAAGGGGAACACCGCCGCCUGCCGCCGCCUUCCCUUGAAGGGCUGGACUCCGACGGGGCCCUUGAUGAGCUGGAGCCCAAUGGAGGAGACACGAUCAUCAACCUCAGCUUCGAGCUGCGCGGCCCCAAGAUCCUGGCCUUCCUCCGCCCUGCCAAUAUCAGCGAAGAGGAACUGCAGCUGGACCCCAAGAGAUUCUGCAGCCCCGACCUCCAGAAACUGCUGGGCCCCAUCUUCGACCCACCCGGGGCCCAAAGCCAAGCAGGAGGGAUUUUGCGGGCACGGCCUCCAGCCCCACCUCCCAAGCCGGCUCCCGUCACCAAGAAUGCUUCCGAAAGCAACGGCCCGACGGAGCUGCCAGAAGAACUGCUUUUCGACAUGGAGAACGUCCAGAAGCUCUUUGCUUCAAACAAGGAGGUGCAGUCCAUGGAAACCGCACUGCAGGAUUACGAAGGCCUGGACCUGGAGAUGCUGGCUCCCUACAUCUCCAUGGAUGACGACUUCCAGCUCAGCAGCACCGAGCAUCCUCCAUGGCUGGCUGAAAAACGUGGCGACCCGGGCACGGGGACCCGGCCAGCCUCACCCCCUCCGCGGCCUCGUUCCAGAAGCUUCCACGGGGUGUCUCCCCGCCCACCGGAACCAGCCACCCUUCCCCGCUGGGGCAGCGACACCAGCCUGAGCCAGCCCCGUCUUGCCCAGCUGCUGGAAAGUGGCCAGUGCAUUGCGGACCAAGUGGUGGAGAUGGUGGCAUCCGUCAAGAUUCAGGCUGCGCCGGAAGGGGCCAGUCAAAACGGGCAGGUGGCCUCCUUGGGCGGCAGGAAGAGGGCUCGGGAGCUGAGCAUGGAGGAGGAGAGAGAUGUCUUUCUGGAGGCGGGGCCCCCUAAGCGUGCCCAUGGCCAUGAGCCCGAUGGCUUCCUGAUGCCCUCCCUUAGCCUGGGUUUCCUGUUGAGUGUGGAGGAGUGUUUGGAUGCCAGGUCUGAGCGGGUGGCACUGGGCAGGAAGCUCCUUUCUUUGGAGGAGCCAAUGGGGCUCUUGGGAGACAUGCUGCCUUUCGUGGUGGACGGCCCAGCGCUCUCUCAGCUGGCCCUGUAUGAUGGGGAUGAAUUAUUGAAGAGGAAACCUCCUGAUUUCUCCUGGGUUUGCAGCCAGGUUACCUGGAAGCGAGUUGCAUUGAAACAUGGUUACCUGGUUGAAACAAGCCGCGUUGAGAAUUGCAGUCUGCAAGGGACGAACACCCUGACACCACUUUGCCUGAGUCACCAUUCACCUGUGCCUUCACGCUGACAAUUUCACCAGCACCAAAAGAAAAAGAAAAACGACCCCCCAACCCCCUCCGAUCUCUUCCGGGUUGGUGAGAACAACUGUCGGUGGCACGGGAGAAUGGGAGGAAACGGGCUGCGGGUUCCCCCAGGCCCCCCAUUUUCCGCUCACGGUGGGGGAACCCCCUCCCUUAUUUUCGGCAAGCAAGAAAAGGGGAGGGGGUGCGAGCCCCAUGACUACCUCCCUUUUCCGAUCAAGCUUUCUCUUCCCACAUUUGUCCUGCCUUUUAACUUCCAAGCAGUUCAGUUUGAAAAGCAAGGAGGUUGGGAGGGGAUGGAUGGGGGCGGGAGCAGUGGAGGAGGAGCGGGCGGCCCCAUCUCGGGCACCAAGAUCUGUAAACACAGACUGUUCAAUUUCAUUGCGAGCAAAAGACACGUGUACAUACCCACACACACGCACAAAAGACACAAAUGCACCAAUGUACACACACAAGCUUGUGCAAUCUCACAACGACGGGCCGCCAACUGGCCCAGGCAGCUGUUUGUUUUUUCCCCAAAAGCCGCACUUGAUAACACGCACAGAACAAUAGAAACUCCAAGCCAGGUGAAGAACGCGAGAUGUUGCGUCUCUCUUUUUCUUUGUUUUAAUUCUUGUUCUUAAUUGUUGUUGGUUGUUUUCCCCCCCCUUCUCCUUCUCCUUUUCCUGGCCACAGGGGAUGUGUCUUGCCUCCUGCUUUCCCCAGCCAGCCUGCUGUCGGGUUUUUGUUUUUUUUUAACAUGGUUUUGCUUCUUUUCCUUUCCCGAGACUGUGGUGAAAUGAUUAUGGCGCCCUCCUAUUAUGGUUGAUGUUGCUGUUUUGUUGUUUAUCGUAGGGUUGUAGCUUUUUAAUUUCUCGUCUGCCCGAAGCCUGCCACUCUGACCGCUGCCACUGCCUUCCUUUGAAGUUUAACCAGUCCUGCUACUUUUUUAAAAGAUAAAGGGGGUUGUGUCUCUCUUUCUCCGCUCACCUCCUGUGACCAAGACUUGUUCCACGGAGCCCUUGCUCCUCUUCAAGGGAUAUCUUCUCUUGCCCUCUCGGCAGUGGUGGCGGCUUCUUCUGCCACACCAAUUCUCGGGGACGUGUCAUGCAAAUUUAACAUGAGGUGCUAAAGUUACACAAGUUGUGGCAUUCUGUCCCUAGUGGCAGUUUCUAGGCCAUUCCGUGGCCAUGGUGCUCUUGCUUCCUGCCAUACACCAAUGAUGGUUGCCGCCUAAGUCGAGACUGUGGCGAUCCGGGUCUCCUCCCGUCCUCGCUCGGCCCUGACCCCUUCUUGGCCCUGGGUUGCCCCACCCCAAGUGCCAUGGUGCUCAGCUUACACUCCCCCCUCCUGCCCCCUAUGGUCACAGAGGCCACCCAUAGGGUUGCCACUUUUUCUGACAGGGCUUUUGCGUCUGCAUGAGUGCUUCAGCAGGUUGCCAGGCACAGACCCAGAGAGCUCUGGUGCCAUUUCACUCGCGAGGUAAAAUGGGGGGGGAUGCAGCUGAGUGCAACGCCACUGUGAUGUGGGGUGGGAGGGGGCGGGAUCAGCAACUGGGGCAAUUCGACCUUUCUAUGCAACUCUUCAAGGCUGCUAGUGUCUGCUCUGGUUCUAGGCCUGGCAACCUUGGCCAUUCAGCUCUUGUUGAAUUUUAGCGAUUCGAGAAGAAUUCUACCGAUUCGAGAAGAAUUCUACCGAUUCGAGAAGAAUUCUACCGAUUCAAGAAGAAUUCUACCGAUUCAAGAAGGGUUGCCCAAGCUGAGGCUCUCCAGCUGUCGUUGGACUGCAACUCCCAUCCUCCCCAGCCACGAUAAACAGCUGGAGAGUCUCGGGUUGGCAGAGGCAGAAGGGUUGUAUGGGGAGAGGUGACAACCCUAUACCCCCAGGUCGCAACACUCUGUUGCUAGUGGUAGUUGCUAAGCUACUAGUGAGGCCCUGGUGCUCCGCCCCUCCAUUUUAGUGCUGGUGGCGGCUGGGCUACACAGAGGAUGCGGCCUCCUCUCCUCCUGCUCCAGGUGGUGGUUGCUAGGCUACCUGUGGCACUUAGUGAGCAGCCGCACAAAGGCUAGUGGCAUGUCUCCCUCUAAUGGCCAGUGCCGGUAUAUGGAGCUAUCUUGUUCCAAACCCUUGAAGGAGCACAUAUCCUGGUGCAAAUGUCUACGUGAAAGAGACACAACCCCCUUUCCACGCUCUCACACGCACAUAGCCCCCUCGCCCCAAAUGUUUGCCAUGCCAGCCAGCACCCGGAAGCUAGCUGGGUGGCUUUCUUGAAGUCCACAGAAGCUGUUCAGGGAUUCCUCCGCGAGAAGGACUUGCCCACCUCUGCUGGUUCUCCCCCAGCGUGCGGAGAGCAUUGAGGGCAUGUUUGAGAAGACACUCUCGCGUCAGCUGGGGCGAUAACGAGGCUCAGGUGGGCCGGGCCAGUGUCCAGCGUGAACUGAGCAUGCAUUGGGGAACGUGGGCCCCAAGUAGGCAUGGGACGGCUUUCCUGGAGGCAGAAAGUCUGAAAUCCACGGAGUGAGAUGAUCUGGAAUGAGGCCAUGGCCUAGGGGCGUCCAACCUUGGUUCCCUAGAUGUUGGACAUUGGGCAGUGUUGCCCAUUGGGCAGUGUUGUAAAAUGGGAGUUGUGGUCGGACAACAUCUGGGGACCCAGGAUUGCGGACCCCUGAUGUGGCCUUACAAUUUUGGUAGUGGGAGCCUUCUGCAUCCUGAAGGGCCCCAGCUUGAUUUCCAGGGUCUGAGAGUGCCAGUACUUUUGAACUGACACUUUUUUAGGAGUAAGUUUGUGGGUGUGUAAAUGAGAAAGCUUUACCUAGAAUAUCAUUCUAGGGCACGGGUAGGCAACUCUGGCUCCUCAGCGGUUGUCAAACUACAACUCCCAUCAUCCCCUGGCACAGUUUAUUGUGGCUGGGGGUGAUGGGCAUUGUAGUUCAACCACAGCUGCAGGACCAAGAUUGCCUACCCCUGUUCUAGGGGUUGGCUUGAUUUGGAGUGACUCCAUGCUGCUAUGCUGCAGUGCAGGGGCUUCCAAAGUUGAGUCCUCAGAUGUUGUUGGACUACAACUCCCAUCAUUCCCAGCCACAGUGGAUGAAGACUGGGAUGAUGGGAGUGGUAGUCCAACAUCUGGGGACCCAACUUUGAUGUGUUUAAGAAGAUGGACACUACUCAGUGAGGAAGUUGCACUUGGGUGUUCAGGGGAUGGGUGCUGUUGGCCUGAAGAGACGACUUCUCCUGCCUCUGGCAACAAGUAGGAUUCCAUAUGCACAUUUGGACCACUGCAACGUUGGGAUGGGAGCAGUCACAUCCCUAGUGCUCUUCAACAAGUGCCAUCUCUAGGUCAGAAAGUGGAGGGAUCUGGCAUUCUGUGGAUGCGGUGCUCCAAAGUCAAUCUGCUGUGGACCAUUUGGCUUCCUUUGUCUUGGAAGGGGCUACAAUUUGGAACUUGAUCUGUCUGUGGAAGGGCUGGCUGGCUUUGACAAGGGAGUGCAGGAAAGGCUCUUUCAAAGGGAGGCAGUUGGUAGGAGGCUCCGGUGCUUAUUAAGGCUUCGGCAAUCUGUUUAUAUAUAAUUUUUUUAAAAAUAUAUAUUGUUUCCUCUACCCUCGUGUAUGGUUAAUUUUUCCUCUCUGUGGCGGGAUUGGGUUUACCCCCUGCUGCGUCUGUAUCUAUUGCUGUUGUGAAACAUAAAAUAUGUCUGGUAACCUGCA